AUGACAAACAACAUGGCCUCGACAUCAGCAGACGGCGCGGCAGGAAUUGACAAGCCUCAGAAGCCGCAGCUUGACGAGGAGACCGAUCCCCUCUCAACCCUCUCCUUCUCCCUCUCCCUCAUCCUCCAAAUAGCCUCAACAUCACUGCAUCGCCUCUCGAGCUCCACACAUAUCCCGCUUCACCCAGAGAUUCCCGCUCACAUCCACACAGGCCCAGGCGUUAGCGCGCCUGAGGGACUGGUGCCGCCAGCCCAAAUGAAGGAGGAUAUUCAGGAGUUGGUCGAUGAUUUGAUGGAGAGGGUCAGCUGGAUGAAGGACGAGAUUGGACGGUUGGAGGUGGAAAGGAAAGAGGAGGAGCAGGAAUCGAGGCUGCGAGCUCUUGACGAGGAGAUGCGCCAGGCUAACGAAGAGUACGCUGAUGCCCUUCAAGAAGCCAAAGAGCUACGAACCAAGGUCGAAGAGCUUUUGCUACGAAGUUGCGUUUAG